ACUGGUAUCAACGUCGUAGUGGAAGUACAAGCACUCUUUUGGAUUCUUCAAGUCGGCGCCGUCUUUGUCUUCUUGAUACAGGAGUAUGUGCUUUUAUGCAUUAUCAUCCUUAGGAGGUGUCUUUUUCCUUAUGCUCGAUUCCUCUUCGCGAAGAAUUCCACGUGCCUUCUAAAGGAAUCAUCAGCAAUCACUCUAUAUUAAUAGUUUAGUACCCAAUCCAAACAUUCAUCGAUCUGUAGAAGUCAGUGCGAAAAUGACAAUCAAGAGCGAAAGCACGCAGCACAGUGCCACGGCUCUCAGCGUCGCGGAGCGACGCGUGCGCCCGGCAAUCAAUGAGUAUGUCUGCUUGCGCGACCUGCAGGGGGACAUGAAAGUGGUGCAAUUGUUACCCAAAGCGACAAUCAGAUUCGGAAAACAUCCGCAAAUCGAUGUUGAGACUCUGUUGGCUCUGCCGUAUGGUGCCACAAUCACGCACAAGGAACUCGACGAAGCAGAUGCAAAUGGCGAAGUCAACCACAACGAAAAGGCAGCUACAUCUGAUAUUGCAACUGCGAACUGUAAUACGACUACAGAAACGUCUGUCGUGGCCAUGGAGAGUGAAGAAACAGGUUCUGGUAAGAAGAGCAAAAAAGGUUCUGGUAAAAAGGGCGCCGGCGCAAAGCCGAAGCUGCAGUGGCUGCGCACAGAGCGCACCGUGUUGGGCGUUAUGGCGGAUGGCGAAGUAGAGAAGGAACAGUCUUUGUUGCAAGAGGGCAAGACAAACCAAUGGUUUGCGCAGGAUGGCAGUGCGCAGACGCUUUCUCAGGCCGAAAUCGCAUUGCUCAAAGAAGAAGAGGGAUUGGGCGGUGAAGAUCUGAUCCGACGCAUUGCGGGCGCUAGUGCCACCUUCGGCGAGAAAACGAUGUUUUCCCAAGCCAAGUACAUUGCCCGCAAGCAGAAGAAGUACCUCCACCAAGUGACUCUUUUGCAGGUCACACCAACAGUGCUGUGCGAGUACUACCAGAAAGAGAAAGCGAGCAAAGUUGGCUACAUGAAAUUCGAAGUACUCAGCGGCCUCUUGUGGCAUGGAAAUGUUUUCGGUCAUCAACAUCAAGCGAUGCCUAGUAGUACAGCGACAGAAACCUCCUCGAAGAUUACCACGCCCUCCGAUGUGGUCACCACCAUGAUAAAGAACCAGACCCCGGCUCCGCGACACUUCUGGAGGGGCUUCGGGCAGGAAUACACAAAACAGAAAAGUCGCAAACGAAGUCAGCAAAACGAAGACGCUGAGCAUAAAGUUGUGGUUGAAGAUGGUAAAGCUGAACAAGCUUCUACCUCUACCAUGGUCGGCACGACUGGAGAUCCUGUCGUCAAAAGUGCGACGUCGUCUGCACCGGGACACCAGCGUGUCCUCGUCUACGACGAGGUCGGCGGUCUUCUCAGCGGUGCCGUGCACUACCGCAUGCAUGGCCCUAACGAACAUGCCACCGUAACGGCAUCCACGGAGAUGGCGAGCGGACACAUCUUCCGGAUCCACAACAACGUCGGUGCUCCAAGCAACGCUUGUGAACAGCUGAACUGCCCGCUCCCACGCGUCUUACCAUUCGACUUCGCGGAACGAUUGGAACAAGAUGAUGAAGUACAGGAAAAUAUAACUGACAAGGUUGCUGCAGCAUCUGCUACAACUACAUCUACUUCGAGAGCGAAAACCUCAAAUGAGAGUUUGAUAUCGGAUUUCGUGGCAUUACCGACUAAGGAAGAUUGCUUGAACAACGCUACAAAUCCGAAGUUCGAGGACCGCCUUAAACGAUGUAUCGCCAGACAGAAGCUGGUUGACGAUUUUACUGCAGAGAAAUUCGACGUUUUCAUCGUCGCCUUAAACCCCAAUCAAUACGAUCAAGAACAAGACAUGAUCAGUCCUUCCUCUACAUCGACUGGUGUCGACAGCUCCUCUAGCAUGACUCAACGAAUCCUGAGACUGGCGGAGAAGUACUUGCGUGGGUCUGGCGUUUUGGCUGUCUACAGCAGCCAAUUUCAGGCUUUGGCGGAGCUUCAGUCCCGAAUGCGACUUUCUUUUGUCAGCAAUGCCUCAGAAGUAGAUGCAACUGGCGAGAGCAUUCGAAAGCAGUGGACGUGUGUGAAGAUGCAUGAGUAUUUCACUCGUGAAUGGCAAGUGUUGCCCAUGCGGACGCAUCCUCUGAUGGACUCCGCCCUACCACUGGUACAGGGCUUCGUGGUGGCGGGCACACUCGUAGACUUCGACCUGCAGGCUGAUAGAGCCGAUGUCGCGGAUCGCGAGGCUGCUGCCCAACUAGCGAACGAACUUGGGUUUAAUUCCAAAGGCUCAGGAGGCGGUGCCAAGCGACGAAAGAAAGGCAGGCGCUAAAGGAUUUGGAAAGUCGUGGAAUAAGGGUGUGAAAAGUCGUCCCUGGGGCUAGAGGAUGAAACAAGAAGUAGGAGUCCUUGUUACAACUUUUUGCCACUUCUCCUCGAGUAAGGAUCGCAACACGGAGCGAACACAUGACAUCCUCGUACAACUCAUGUUGCGGCCCCGUGAUUCUAAGCAGAGGAAACCCUCCUCUUCUGUACAACUCCGUGAAUUCAUAAGUACUUGAUUCUUAUCUUGCAAAGCAAAAUGUCAUUCCUAAUAUGAGUAUCUGCUGUUUUCAAGGGUGACAUCUAGAAAAUGUUUUUCGAUUCUUCGUCGUCAAGUCGAAGAUUGCAAUGUUGGUUGCCUUACUUGCCAU